UCACAUCUUUUGUGUUUGAUAGGAAAGUCAGAGGAGAGGAUUCCAUGAAGAUCCACAUCAGCCUUGCAGUUUCUCUCCUCCUUCUCAACAUACACUUCCUCCCCAGCCAGGCAGUGGCAGCAAUGUCAUCCACUGAGCUUUGUCUUUAUGUGGCUGUUCUUCUUCACUACUCUCUGUUGGCCUCUUUCACCUGGAUGGCCGUGGAGGGCUUCCAUCUCUAUCUUCUCCUGGUCAAAGUCUUCAACAUCUAUGUGAAGAGAUACCUGCUCAAACUCAGUUUUGUGGGAUGGGGUCUUCCAGCAGUCAUUGUAACAGUGAUGGUGAUCAUUGACAAAGACCUGUAUGGCCGUACCCCUUUGGACUCAUCAAAUGAGACUGAAGUGUGCUAUAUAACCAAUGACACAGCAAAGAUGGUGACCACAGUGGGAGUGUUUGGCUUGGUGUUCCUCUUUAAUAUGAUCUUGUUUGGAGUGAUACUUAAGAUAUUUAUGGGGGCCUCCUAUAGCAAAGAGGUAAUUGGAAACUAA